AGUCGUGUGUUGUUCGCUGGCGGCAGAGGACGGGACGGUCUGCUCUGGCCGGUUGGUCGGUCGGUGUUGGAUGGAGGGUCCCGUCCGCCUCGCCUGCUCUCUCUGGAAUGUACUGGGGGGCGGCUGCCGAGUGGGAGCGAGGGCUCUAUGGGCGCAGGCAGCGCCGCUGCCGCCGCUGAGGAGAGGCUCUUCAGUGAUUCUCAUUAAUCUGAAGCUCUUUGCCACAACACUUUCUAACUUGGCACUAUGCAUCCUGAUCCUGGACCUUUACAAGAACUACUUUUUCUUAUAGUUACCAUUUGCUUCUCAACUACAGCUUCAGACUUGAUUCCUCACUUUGUUUCUGAGCCACUUUCUACCAUCCAGAAACCUGGUGCAACUGUAAAGCUUCAUUGUACUGCUGAGCCCUCUACAGCUCAUGUAGCUUGGCUAUUCAAUGGAGAGAAAUUACACAAGAAAGUGGAGCAAGUAGACUCACAGCCAGGAUACCAUACAAUCUUCUCCCUUAGCCCUUCAAAUUCUGGUGUAUACCAAUGCAUAGUCAAUAACAGCAUUGGUGCAAUUAUCAGCAGGCCUGCAACAGUAUCUAUUGCCUAUCUUGAUGAUUUUGAGACCUCAGUGAGGAACACAAUUGUUGCGGAAGAAGGGAAUACGGCUUUAAUCAGUUGCAAGCCACCAAAAAGUAGUCCAGAGGCACAUAUUCGUUUCCGUGUACGAGGGAAAUGGCUGGAACAAUCAACAGAAAACUACCUAAUUCUCCCAUCUGGAAAUCUGCAAAUUUUGAAUGUAUCUUCAGAUGACAAAGGAUUCUAUAAGUGUGCAGCAUAUAACCCAGUCACUGAUGAUCUUAAACAUGAACCCAAUGGACAUAAGCUCAUAAUCAGCAGCUCUUCCUCAGACGACUUUCACAUUGUUCAUCCUGCCACUUCUCAGACUUUGGCAGUACCUCAGCACAAUCCUUUGAUGUUGGAAUGUGUUGUUAGUGGUCUGUCUGUUUCUUAUGUCCGUUGGUAUAAGGAUGACCAAGAUGUACUCACUAAAGGCAGGUGGAGAAUGCUUCACUCUCAUCUUAUGAUAGACUCGAUUAAUACAUCAGAUGCUGGAAAUUACUCCUGUGUGGUGGAUAACAAGUCCGGAGUUGUGAAGCAUGUAAACUACAGUAUAAAUGUACUUGAAUCACCAUCAAUUUCAAAAGGAUUACAAGAUCAGUUAGUGCCACUGGGUAAAAAUAUACAUAUUUCCUGUGAAAUACAUGGAAACCCAACACCUAACCUCACCUGGUACCAUAAUGCAGCUCCUGUCCAUCUUUCUUCACGGCACUUACCUUCAGGAAACAAGCUAAGAAUUAAUGGUUUCACCAGAGAAGAUUCAGGGUUGUAUCAGUGUUUAGUCAACAAUGGCAUUGGAUUUGUACAGUCUACUGGGAGACUUCAUUCCCAAGGAGACAGAGGCUUCAAGCCAACUAUAACCUCGCUGCCAGCAGACAACAGAGUAGCAGAAGGUGACACAGUCACGCUGUCCUGCAAUGCCACCGGUUUGCCUCCGCCUGUAAUCCGUUGGUACAACAGUCAUGGGCUGAUUACCAGCCAUCCUUCACAGGUGCUUUAUUCAAAAUCACGGAAGUCAUCCUCCCAAGCAAGAACUGGCAACUCCAUUUCAGACAGAACCUACUUCAUCAUGUCUCGCAGUGGAUCAAGCUCCUUAUAUGUUCAGCCUGUUACAUCAGAGCAUGCUGGGAAAUAUACCUGUGAAGCAAUCAAUGAAUAUGGGACUGCUCGUUCCGAAGCUUUCCUUACCGUUGAUUCUUAUGAAGCUAGUACAAAAGCAGAAGAAAUUGCUCCUGUGGAAAUUGCCCAGAGUGAUGAAGGAGAUGGAGAUUAUGAUUCAGAUAUGGGCCUUCAAAGUUCAUCUCCAACAAAGAUUCUUACUGAAGAAGUCGCUACAGAAAAAACAUCUAAUGGCAUUUCUCCACCAGAAGCUCCAAUCAUUCUCAGUCCUCCACAGACUCUUAAACCAGACCAGUACAAUCUGGUAUGGCGCCCUGGAAAAGAUGGUGGUCAGCCAAUUAAUGCCUAUUUUGUGAAAUAUCGCAAGUUGGAUGAUAAUGUCAAUGUUACCAACUGGAAUACAGUUCGUGUCCCUGGAAGUGAAAAUGAACUUUCUCUCUCAGAAUUGGAACCUUCCAGUCUCUAUGAAGUCUUGAUGGUAGCCAGAAAUGUGGCCGGUGAAGGCCAGCCUUCCAUGCUUACUUUCCGUACUAGCAAAGAAAAAACCUCCUCCUCAAAAAACACACAGGCUCCCUCUCAACCAGUUGGUAUUCCUAAGCACUCGAUCAUUCAAGAAGGGGCAACCAACAAUUUUGGAGUGGUCCUUCCAGAUUCAUCUCGACAUAGUGGAGUACCUGAGGCACCAGAUCGACCUACUAUUUCCACAGCAUCAGAGACUUCUGUUUAUGUCACUUGGAUCCCACGUGCAAAUGGUGGAUCACCCAUCACUGCCUUUAAAGUAGAAUAUAAACGCAUGAACAGGAACAGUGAGUGGCUGGUUGCAGCUGAUAACAUCUCCCCUUCCAAACUUUCAGUGGAAGUUGGCAGUUUGGAUCCAGGAGCUGCAUAUAAGUUUCGUGUGAUUGCUAUUAAUAACUACGGGGAGAGCCCACGAAGUUCUGCCUCUCGGCCUUAUCAGGUAGCUGGCUUUACCAAUCGGUUUUCCAACCGACCCGUCACAGGACCUCACAUUGCUUACACUGAGGCGGUCAGCGACACUCAGAUCAUGUUAAAGUGGACUUAUACCACUUCAAGCAACAACAACACACCCAUCCAAGGAUUUUAUAUUUAUUACCGGCCAACAGAUAGUGACAAUGAUAGUGAUUACAAGAGGGAUGUUGUGGAAGGCACAAAGCAGUGGCACUUGAUAAGUCACCUGCAACCUGAAACAUCUUAUGAUAUUAAAAUGCAGUGCUACAAUGAAGGAGGUGAAAGUGACUACAGCAAUGUGAUGAUCUGUGAGACCAAAGUGAAGCGCACACCUGGAGCAUCAGAAUAUCCAGUGAAGGACCUUAGCACCCCACCAAAUUCUCCUGAUCGUGGAGUUGGGAGUAAUGCUGGUCAACCAAAUGGUCCCGUCCGAAGCAGUGACAUGUUAUACCUGAUUGUGGGCUGUGUCCUUGGAGUGAUGGUGCUUAUUCUGAUAGCCUUCAUUGCUAUGUGCUUGUGGAAGAAUCGCCAGCAAAUUGCCAUGCAGAAGUAUGACCCUCCUGGUUACCUUUACCAACGUGCUGAUAUCAAUGGGCAAAUGGUUGAGUACACGACAUUACCAGGCACAAGUCGUAUCAAUGGCAGCAUACAUGGAAACUUUAUCAGUAAUGGAAACCAUAAUAAUGGUUGCCUUCACCUCCAUCACAAGGUUCCUAAUGGAACGAAUGGAAUCAUGAACGGUGCUGUAAAUGGAGGAACUGUUGUUUAUCCAAGGCACACUAACUCCCUGUCCAGAGCACACAUGGAAUAUGAACAUACCCACCACCUCGGAAAUGGUGGUGGUGUAUACACAGCUAUGCCUCAAACAGACCCUUCAGAGUGUGCGAACUGCCGGAACUGUCGGAACAAUAACAGGUGCUUCACUAAAACCAGUGGCACUUUUGGAAGCAACCCUGCAGCUGUGAUGCCCAUCGUAGCACCUUAUCAGCAGGACAGUUUAGAAAUGAAACCAUUGAAUCAUAUGAUGGUUGCGAUGUGCUUAGCGUCCACAACCCCCGGAUGCAAUGUUGAGGCAGAGGAAGACGGCAAGGAGAAAGUGGAUCCCCCAUCUCCUCGGGACUCUUGUGACCAAGAAAAUGUGAAUCCACUCAGUACCGAUUGUAUAGAAGAUCACAGUGCACAUUUGGAAACAUCAAAUCACAUGCUGAGCUGGAGCCCCCUUAUUCUCCAGUCUCUUUCAAAAGACUGUAAUGAAAAGACAGAAGGGAUUUCAAACGGCGUUACGUUGGACGGUUUGGGGAGUCUUCGACAGCUCCAAGUACAAGAGACUUAAGGAACUGACCUCCUUCCCCUUCCCACUUAAAGCCAGUAACUGCACAGCAGAAUCGCUGAAAGAGACUUACAACAGGAUGUUAAUUAUAAAAAAUGCUAUUUAUUUUUUGGUGUAGUGUCCUAUGAAUGUAUGUGGGUUUUUU